AUGGUGCUGGAGUCCCGCGAAGCUCUAGUCCAGAGUCCAAAAACUACAAUAUUUAAAGGUGACUGGUGUCGAACGUUAAAGUUCCGACUGCCGAUUAUUGGCUGUGGUUUCCUGACCAAAGUGACCGUUGUCUUUGCAUGGACGGACCAAAUUCGUGCUUUAAGUAGAAGGAAGCUGCCGCACACUUGGCUAGAACUUGGUUCUGUAUCGCGUUACGAAUGCGACAUAGAUUACCCCGCUCCGCGCGCACUGCAUGACAGCUGGACCCACAACGCCCAAACUCCAUCGAUAAGGACCAGGCCCAUAUCUGCGGCCUACGGCCUAACCCCACGACCUCCACCUUCCUCCGCCGUCUUGCGAUCGCUAACCUCGACACUAUGGGGCAGCUGUUUUCGACCCAGGCGAGUUUUCCGACUAAUCAACGACGACGGCGAGUACAGUGCCAGAGCAGGACCGAUCUUCAACAACGCUCGAUCGGUGGAGAUCCAUGGCGGCAAUUUCCACGAUGGUCCUAUCACCGUUACAAACCAUUACCACCCAUCCCCGUCUUCUGCUGAUAUUCAAGAUUCCAAGGUUCACUCUUGGUUAAGUUCCAAGAGGGCGGUCAGCUUUAGGGCAAUUCACGGUGAUGUUAGGAAGAAGCGAUGCGAAGGGUCGAGGGGUUGGUUCAUCUCCAAUCGAUUCUAUCAGGAGUGGAAGGGACAACGCGGGGCCAUAACUUGGGGAAUGGGAAUUCCCGGUGCCGGGAAGACUACCCUUGCAUCAAAGGUCAUCGAUGACCUGCUACCAUUGGAAGACGACACCACUUGCGUUCUCUUCGUUUACUGCCGUUAUACUGAGGACCUCUCCGUCACCGAUAUUCUCAAAGCCCUCGUAAAGCAGUGUCUCGAGCGACAUCCCAACGUCUUUCCAGCAGUCGAAUCACUGUAUAGGCGGCACAAGCUGGAGAAAACAGAGCCUUCGCUAGAGGAGCUCGUCGAUCUGCUCAAAUCAUUGGAAGGUUUCUUCAUUCGCAUCUUCUACGUGAUCGACGGCGUCGACGAAGCUCCCGUCGACGUUCGCUUCGAUCUCAUCAAAGUCCUGAACAAGCUUCACGGCAAUAUUUUCCUCACCUCGCGCCCUCUGGACCAUCUGGGAAAAAAACUGGAAUUCGCGGUUCUCUUUUCGGUCGUGGCGCAGGAGGACGACGUGGUGCUCUUGAUUGAGGAGAAGCUGGAGCGCAACGAAGGACUGUCAAACCUACUUGACCGACACAACAUGAAGGGGGAGUUGGUUCGUAAAAUCAUUGAUAAGGCGGAGGGAAUGAUCCUACACGCUGUUCUCCAGGUCGACGCGCUGCAGGAAUGCGCCACCGUCACAACCCUCCGCCAGAGACUCGAGGAGUUCCCUUCAGGGAUUCAGGGAAUGUACGCGACGACGGUAGCACGGAUCGAGAGGCAAACACCGGAGUUCUGCGACAUCGCCAUGCGCGCACUUCUCUGGGUCGUCUUCGCCGAUGCAUCGUUGUCGAUGGAGGAUCUUCAACGGGCUUUGGCUGUUCACCCUGAAACAUCCAAGUUCGACGACGAAAGGAUGCCUGACAGCAGCACCAUCCUGUCGGUUUGCUGCGGAUUGAUCGAGAUUCAAGAGGAAACCAAGGUCGUUCGUCUUGUCCACUUCACUGCAAAAGACGCGCUGAAACCGAUACUUCUUGAACGCUUCCCUCAACCAAAACUGGUUAUGUUCAAAGUUCUGAUCGAGCGUGUCAAGGCAUCAAAAGGCUUGCGCAAACCCGACACCAUCAUCCUCAGCACCGAGGCAGAGCUCCCACCGAGCGCCGAGGACCCUCUCCUGUUCCAUGCGCUUUUUUUCUGGCCAGUCUAUGCGAAUUGGUUCAUACACGACCCCAGCGUUGUCGAAGCCAUCCUGUCGCUUCUCCUGGAAGCCAAAGCUUUCGGGGUCAUCCCUGCUCCCAACGACUUCAGGUACAACAAACCUGGAGCCGAACUAUACCAAUUCAUGGAUUUCGUCGGGCCACUGCAUGUCGUUAUCCAGUACACCCUCCCCAUCUCCAUCUUCGAUGCCGUGAUCUCCAGGACCAACUGCUCGAUUAACGAGCAAUCACCCCGGUUCCAACUCACGCCUCUCUUGAUAGCGGUAGUGUUCGGGAAGCUCCAAUACGUAGAGCACCUCCUGGACAUGUACUCUGAGAGCGUCGAUGUCAACGCCAGUGACUGCGAGGGCAAGACACCAUUGGGGAUCACCCUCCUCCGUCCCCCAGAGGCCGGUAUACCCAUCGCCAAACGCCUCCUCGAACACCCAGACAUCAACGCCAAUAUCCCUGACAACACUGGAGUGACACCCUUCAUUCGGGCGUCGGCCCUGGCCAUCGAGCCAAUCGUAGAGUUGAUGGUGGACCGCGACGAUGUCGACGUUGCGGCAGUGGACAACAACGGAGCUGGGGCUCUGCUUUUCGUGGUCACGAUGACUAUAGCGGGCAAGGACACCAUGACACCGGAGAUGAAGCGUGUCAUAAAGCGCCUUAUUCAGUGUCCUAGGGUCCCUACCGUCAGCAUUUUGUUUGGAGUCGCACGUCGGCCAGUUUUGCAUACGACUAUCUUUUCGGUUUCACCGAAGCUUUCUCUGGAUCUCGUUGAAAUGUUUAUCCUACAUAGACCCGACGAGCUCAACAUUACAGACCAUGUUGGAAGGACUCCAUUGGCAUGCGCGGCCAUAGUUGGGGACAAGGAUAUAGUGCGGAUGCUGUUGGCGACAAACAAGGUGGACGUGUGUGCGCAGGAUCUACAAGGGUACUCGGCCGCUGUGCUAGCAGCGAAGAGCGCUCACAAUCAAGUCCGACGCCAUCUGAAUGACCCCGAUCUACCCAGGCCUGAGGAACAUAUUCUCCUCGAAAUACUAUUACCUUCCCGCCGUGCCAAACGCCGUCUGAGCGCCCCAUUACCCAAUGCGGAAGAACGAGCGCUUCUCCAGCAGCGCCAUCGACUCGAAUUUGCGUUGGAAGUAUUGCUGAAGAUGGAUGUGGGGCAGGUUUGGAUUGCUCCUCCACCAGAAGCGCCGCUUAUUCAGGAGCGAGGGAUGAUGGAGUUUGAAGAGGUCGUCUGGAUGUUGUUGUCCCACUCUGACGUCGAUUUGAAUGCCCGCGAUGAGGACUGCGCUGAUGUGGGCCUCGAUUCAUGGAUGCAAAGAGGUUGUCGAACUGUUGCUUCAGUACGAAGGGAUAGAUGUUGGACUUGUGGACCACGGGGGGUUAAGCGCCAUGGACCACGCGAGUAA